AAAAGAUCAUGCCGACAUCGAAAAAAAAAGAAAAGAAAAAAGAUCAUACCGACAUAGCCUACCUAGAGAGAGAGUAAAAGUCUGACACGUGGCAUGACAAAACGGAUGCACUACGUGUCGGAGGUUGGUUCGGCAGUAAGUCAUCGUUCCCACUCACUCUCUAUAAACCAACUUCUGAUUUGCUCAUUAAAGAAGAAAAUAAUACACUGAAACAAGAGAGAGUUUUGAUCGGUUCUCUUGGAAAAGAAAGAACACAGUUUUUUGGAAAAAUGGAUCUGACACAUCCUUCUUCUGGCCAUUCUCAAGCAGAGGAUCCAAUCAAAAUUCAACAUUUAGAGGAAGAAGAGCAUCAUGAGAGUGGUGCAUCUAAAAUGUUCAGGAAAGUGAAAGCAAGAGCUAGGAAGUUCAAGAACAGUCUUACUAAACAUGGCAAUGAGCAUGAUCACGAUGUGGAAGAUGAAGAAGAAGACGAUGACAUCGACGAGCAAGAACCAGAAAAGCAACACGCUCCAGUGAAUGAAGUGUCUACCGCGAGAAGCUAUAGAACGAGUGAACCUUCGGAGAAGAAAGAUAGCAGAGAAGGUGAUCACGUGCCAUUGAACGCUCCUCCUGCGUCUCUGUUUGCUCAUGGUGAAGAUGAGAAUCUAGGUGGUCAACGGGAAGUCAACACUGAGACUCCCAAAAGAUCGGAGCACGAUCUGAGAAUUGAAUCUACUUAUCCGGCCAAGACUACUCACAACAUCCCACAAGGAAGUGGAGAAGAUGGAGUCUCAGGGAUUGAUGUGAAGUCAGGAUUAGGGUUUGAAAGAGACUUGCCGACGGGAACUGAGGUGGAGUCGGAAUCUGGGAUCGGAAAGGAUUCGCCGGCAAGAUUUGGAGGAGGGUCAAGAACUGAGCUGGAAAAGGAUGUUCCGCCGAGAAGCUUCGAAUUUGAUCAGAAGACAGAAUCUGGAAUCGACAAGGACUCGCCGGCGGGAUUAUGUGGGAAACCAGAGACUGAGGUGAGGGAUGAUUUUCCGGCGAAAAGCCAUGAGUUUGAACAGAAGAUCGAAUCUGGAGUCGGCAACGAUUCUCCGACGAGAUUCGGUGGCAUGCCGGAAACUGUGCCGAGGGAUGAUUUUCCGGCGAAGAGUCAUGAGUUUGAUCAGAAGAUCGAGUCUGGAAUCGGAAACGAUUCGCCGACGAGAUUUGGUGGAAAGCCGGAAACUGUACCGAGGGAUGAUUUUCCGGCUAAGAGUGAUGAGUUUGAUCAGUUGAUCGAGUCUAGAAUCGGCAACGAUUCGCUGACCGGAUUUGGUGGAAAGCCGGAAACUGUGCCGAGGGAUGAUUUUCCGGCGAAGAGUGAUGAGUUUGAUCAGUUGAUGGAGUCUAGAAUCGGCAACGAUUCGCUGACCGGAUUUGGUGGAAAGCCAGAAACUAAUUUCCCGGCGAAAAGCCAUGACUUGGAUGAGAAGACCGAAUCUGGAAUCGGCAACUAUUCGCCGACGGGAUAUGGCGGAAACCCAGGAACCGAGCUGAGGGAUGAUUUUCCGGCGAAGGGUCGUGACUUUGAAGAGACGAUCGGAUCCGAAAUCGGGAAGGAUACUGGUGAUAGAGAACCAGGAACUGAACGGAGGGAAGAUUUUUUGGGGAAAAACUACGAAUUUGAACAGGAGAUGGAAUCUGCAGUCGACAACGAUUCGCCUACGAGAUUCGCCGGAGAAUCGGAAACUGGAGUGGAGAAAGGAUUCGACUUGAAGAAGGAGACUGUAAUCGGGAAGGAGUCAGAGUCUGAACUAGACAAAAACUUUCCGACGAGGAGUGAUGAUGUGAAAAAAAUAGAGACUGACUUUGGAACUAAUGAUAAACUCUCACCGGGAUUUUCUCCUCCGGAAGAGAGAGAUGACUUCGAUUCACAAGCGGAGGAGACACAAGAGCCAAAACCCGCCACCUACACAGAGAUGAUGGGCUCAGCGACGUCGUUCUUAUCAGGCAAAGCUAUAGCCACGAAGGACGUCGUGGCUUCAAGCCUAGGGUACUCCGGCAAACCCGCCGGCGAGCAACUCGAGAGCCCCGUGGCUGUCCAAACUCCGGAAAACGAAAAGGUCACAGAAAGUGGAUCACCGGUGACGACGCAGUUGCCCCUCUCCGGCGGUGGAAGUGGAGUCGAGGAGACGGAACUAGGGGAAGAGAAAGUCGUGGCAGGUAGAGAUUAUCUGGCGGAGAAGGUGAAACCUGGAGAAGACAACAAGGGUUUGUCUGAGAUGAUCACCGAGAAACUUAAUCUCGGAGGAGGAGAGAAGACAACCACGCCAAAUGAAGUGGUGGAGAAGAUCCCUUCCGACGAUGUAUCGGAGGAGAAAGAACACGGUGAGGCGGUUGCGGAGAAGAUGACACCUGAAGAAGAAGACAAGGCUUUUUCUGAGAUGGUCGCCGAGAAACUUAACCUCGGGGGAGAAACGAAGACAAAGGAUGUGGAAGUGACGGCGGAGAAGAAUCUUUCCAAGGAAUUAUCGGAUGAAAAAGAACACGGUGAGACGGUUGCGGAGGAAGGAAACGGAGGAGGAAUGGUGGGGAAGAUUAAAGGAGCGUACAAUUAUUGGCUCGGUGGUACGACGGAGGAGGUGAAGCCGAAAUCUCCGGUUUCAGUUGAAGAGUCUUCUUCACAAUCACUUGGCUCCACCGUUGGGACUAAAGGGUUUUCAGAUUCCGGUGAAAGCGGGGUAGGAGAGUCAGGCGGUAGUACCGGAGCUGUGCCGGUGCACAGAGGGAUUUAAAAAUCUGGGAAUUGAGAUUUGAGAUUUUUCUUUUGGAAUGUUUCCAUGUGUGUUUUUGUUGAUGUCUUUGUUUGUGACUGAUGUAUUUUGAUGUAAUCCUUCUUUGCCUAAAAUGAUCAGAAUAAUAUUGGGUUAAUAAAAUAAAAUAUUUGUUUUGGAUUAAGUUCCUCCAUUUCUCUAGAUGAUCAUUGUAGGCUAUAGCUUAGAGCCUUCAUUUGUUGUUUAAUCAUAGGACAGC